GCGGGACUUCCGCUGACAUUGACAAAUCAAUACCAGCGAGCCGAGAAAACUCUUCAUGACAGCAAAACAACACGGAGGGGGAGUCAACUUGACGAUUUUUGGAAACGUUGCUGGAAUUUGGUGUAAUUGUGGACAUUUCCUGAUCGGCCGAGAGGUGUGGCGCGUCCAUGUCCACGCCGGCGGACACUCCAGGUGGCAUGUCCCAUCCUGGCCCCUCCCCUGCAGCGGGGCUGUCCCCUGGCCCCAUCCUGGGCCCCAGUCCGGGCCCGGAUCGCUCGCCCAGUUCUGUUCACAGCAUGAUGGGGCCCAGUCCAGGGCCCGGAACGCCCAACGCUCAUCACGGGAUGCAGGGCCCGGGACAGAGUGACUACUCUCAGGACGGCAUGUAUCCUAUGCACAAGCCUCUGGAGGGCGUCAGCGACAAGUCGAUGACUGAAGCCAUGCAUUUUGGUCACAUGAAGGGCGUGGGGAUGAGGUCGCUCCACAGCGGGAUGGGUCCUCCUCAGAGCCCCAUGGACCAGCACAGCCAAGGUUACCUUUCUCCACAUCCUUCCCCUAUGGGAGUCCACGAGCACGCUUCCAGCCCCAUGCCCGGAGGGGGAGGCGGACCCACGCCGCCCCACAUCCCCCCCACCCAGUCUGGUCCCAUGAUGCCGAUGGAAGGGGGUGUGGCCGGCAUGGGCCAGCAGGGCCGCGGGCCCUCGGCCUUCAGCCCGGUCCAGCUGCAGCAGCUCAGAGCUCAGAUUCUGGCCUACAAGAUUCUGGCCCGCGGACAGCCGCUCCCCGAAAACCUCCAGCUGGCCGUUCAGGGCAAAAGGAGCCUACCCACAAUGCAACAGCAGCCUCCGCAGCAGCAGCAGCAGCAGGCGUCGAGCGGGAGUCCCUACAGACCUCCAGGUAUGCCCAUGGCACCGGUAGGCGGCCCCCAGGCGAGCCCCUGCCCAGCACCUGCCAUGCAGGGAGCCAAUCAGAGUGCAGCCAAGCCUUGGGGUGACGGCGGGGAGAACCCGGCCAACGUGCAGAAACACCUCGCCCCCGUCUCCAGCGGCCGUCCCUCCCCCGCGCCGCCGCAGACCUCCGCCGCACCUUCAGGGCCGGCGCCCAGCAGCUCGGCAGCCGGACUCCCGCCGGGCCAGCAGGUGUCUCCCAUGCUGCAGAUGCAGCAGAAGCAGAACCGCAUCACGCCCAUCCAGAAGCCCCAGGGUCUGGACCCUAUGGGGAUCCUGCAGGAGAGAGAGUUCAGACUGCAGGCUCGGAUCGCUCAUCGAAUCCAGGAACUGGAGAGUCUCCCGGGCUCUCUUCCUCCGGACCUGAGGACCAAAGCCACGGUGGAGCUCAAAGCACUUCGUCUGCUCAACUUUCAGCGGCAGCUGAGGCAGGACGUGGUGGCGUGCAUGAGGCGGGAUACCACCCUUGAGACGGCCCUGAACUCCAAGGCUUACCGGCGGAGCAAGCGGCAAACUCUGAGGGAAGCGCGCAUGACGGAGAAGCUGGAGAAGCAGCAGAAGCUGGAGCAGGAGAAGAAGCGCCGGCAGAAGCAUCAGGAGUACCUCAACAGUAUCCUGCAGCACGCCAAGGACUUCAAAGAGUAUCACCGCUCCGUGUCCGGCAAAAUCCAGAAACUCACCAGAUCCGUUGCCACGUGGCACACCAACACGGAGCGGGAGCAGAAGAAGGAGACGGAGAGGAUCGAGAAGGAGAGGAUGAGGAGGCUGAUGGCUGAAGAUGAGGAGGGUUACAGGAAACUGAUCGACCAGAAGAAAGACAAGCGUCUGGCCUACCUGCUGCAGCAGACGGAUGAAUACGUGGCCAACCUCACGGCUCUGGUCUACGAGCAUAAAGCUGCCCAGGCUGCCAAGGAGAAGAAGAGGAAGAGGAAGAGGAAGAAGAAGGUGGAUGGAGACGGUGAAGGCACCAGCGCCUUUGGACUGGACGGAGAGCCCAUCGAUGAGAGCAGCCAGAUGAGUGAGCUUCCUGUCAAGGUGAUUCAGACGGAGACCGGGAAGGUCCUGCAGGGCACCGACGCCCCCAAAUCCAGCCAGCUGGAGGCCUGGCUGGAGAUGAACCCCGGGUAUGAAGUCGCUCCGCGGUCAGACAGCGAGGAGAGCGGCUCCGAGUUUGAGGAGGAGGAAGAAGAUGAGUCAAAAGCAGAAACGGAGGAGAAGAAGAUGAUGGAUCCCAGCGGAGACGGAGUGACCGUGACGGCCGCCAAACACAUCAUCGAGUCGGCCAAGCAGGACGUGGACGAUGAAUACAGCGUCCCCACGGACCAGACCAGCCUGCAGUCGUACUACGGCGUGGCCCACGCCGUCACCGAGAAGGUGGAGAAGCAGUCCACGCUGCUGAUCAACGGCAUGCUCAAGCACUACCAGAUCCAGGGUCUGGAGUGGAUGGUUUCUCUCUACAACAACAACCUGAACGGGAUCCUGGCUGAUGAGAUGGGCCUGGGCAAAACCAUCCAGACCAUCGCGCUCAUCACCUACCUGAUGGAGCACAAGAGGCUCAACGGGCCGUACCUCAUCAUCGUCCCUCUCUCGACUUUGUCAAACUGGGUCUAUGAGCUGGACAAAUGGGCUCCUUCUGUGGUCAAAAUCGCCUACAAGGGAACUCCUGCUCUACGCCGGGGGCUCGUUCCUCAGCUCCGCAGCGGGAAGUUCAACGUGCUGCUGACCACCUACGAAUACAUCAUCAAGGACAAGCACAUCCUGGCCAAGAUCCGUUGGAAGUACAUGAUCGUGGAUGAAGGUCACCGCAUGAAGAACCAUCACUGUAAGCUGACGCAGGUGCUGAACACCCACUACGUGGCCCCCCGCCGCCUCCUCCUCACCGGCACGCCGCUGCAGAACAAGCUGCCCGAGCUGUGGGCGCUGCUCAACUUCCUGCUGCCCACCAUCUUCAAGAGCUGCAGCACCUUCGAGCAGUGGUUCAACGCCCCGUUCGCCAUGACCGGAGAGAGGGUGGACCUGAACGAGGAGGAGACCAUCCUGAUCAUCCGCCGCCUGCAUAAGGUGCUCCGCCCCUUCCUCCUCCGCAGACUGAAGAAGGAGGUGGAGUCCCAGCUUCCAGAGAAGGUGGAGUACGUCAUCAAAUGUGACAUGUCAGCCAUCCAGAAGGUUCUGUACCGCCACAUGCAGAAGGGCAUCCUGCUGACCGACGGCUCCGAGAAGGACAAGAAGGGGAAAGGAGGCGCCAAGACCCUGAUGAACACCAUCAUGCAGCUGAAGAAGAUCUGCAACCAUCCCUACAUGUUCCAGCACAUCGAGGAGUCGUUUGCAGAGCAUCUGGGAUAUCCAAACGGGAUCAUCAGUGGGCCCGAUCUGUAUCGAGCUUCAGGGAAGUUUGAGCUCCUGGACCGGAUCCUCCCGAAGCUGCAGGCCACGGGCCACCGCGUCCUGCUGUUCUGCCAGAUGACCACGCUCAUGACCAUCAUGGAGGACUACUUCAGCUACCGUAACUUCCUGUAUCUGCGGCUGGACGGAACAACCAAGUCAGAGGACCGAGCCGCGCUGCUGAAGAAGUUCAACGAGGAAGGCUCUCAGUUCUUCAUCUUCCUCCUCAGCACCAGAGCCGGCGGCCUCGGCCUCAACCUGCAGGCCGCCGACACCGUCGUCAUCUUUGACAGCGACUGGAACCCGCACCAGGACCUCCAGGCUCAGGACCGCGCUCACCGCAUCGGCCAGCAGAACGAGGUGCGCGUCCUCCGCCUCUGCUCCGUCAACAGCGUGGAGGAGAAGAUCCUGGCGGCCGCCAAAUACAAACUCAACGUGGACCAGAAAGUCAUCCAGGCCGGCAUGUUUGACCAGAAGUCGUCCAGCCACGAGCGCCGCGCCUUCCUGCAGGCCAUCCUGGAGCACGAGGAGCAGAACGAGGAGGAAGACGAGGUCCCCGAUGAUGAAACCCUCAACCAGAUGAUCGCCCGCAAUGAAGACGAGUUCGAGCUCUUCAUGCGCAUGGACAUGGACCGAAGGCGGGAGGACGCCAGGAACCCCAAGCGGAAGCCCCGCCUCAUGGAGGAGGACGAGCUGCCGUCCUGGAUCAUCAAAGACGACGCGGAGGUGGAGAGGCUGACCUACGAGGAGGAGGAGGAGAAGAUGUUCGGGAGGGGGUCCCGCUGCCGCCGGGACGUGGACUACAGCGACGCGCUGACGGAGAAGCAGUGGCUGAGGGCCAUCGAGGACGGAAACCUGGAGGAGAUGGAGGAGGAGAUCCGGCUGAAAAAGCGCAAACGCAAACGGCGCCAGGACAAGGACUCGUCCAGCCGGGAGGAGGGCGGCGGCAAGGCCAGGAAGAGGCGGGGCCGGCCGCCGGCGGAGAAGCUCUCCCCCAACCCCCCCAAGCUCACCAAGCAGAUGAACGCCAUCAUCGACACCGUCAUCAACUACAGAGACGGAUCCGGACGGCAGCUCAGCGAGGUCUUCGUCCAGCUUCCGUCCCGGAAGGAGCUCCCGGAAUACUACGAGCUGAUCAGGAAACCUGUGGACUUCAAGAAGAUCAAGGAACGUGUGAGGAGCCAUAAGUACCGGAGCGUGGGCGACCUGGAGAAGGACGUGAUGCUGCUCUGUCAGAACGCUCAGACCUUCAACCUGGAGGGAUCUCAGAUCUACGAGGACUCCAUCGUUCUGCAGUCAGUGUUCAAGAGCGCCAGACAGAAGAUCGCCAAAGACGACGACAGCGAGGAGGACAGCGAGGAAGACGAUGAUGACGACUACGAGUCGGAGGCUGAGGCCAAGUCUGUCCGCGUGAAGAUCAAGCUGAGCAGGGACGGCCGCGGCGACAAAGGCAAGAAGAGGCAGAGCCGAGCGAAGGCCAAGCCGGUGGUCAGCGACGACGACAGCGACGACGACCUGGACGAUAACGAUCAGUCGGACAAAACCCAAAGUGAGGACGAGUGAGGACUGAGGAGGACUGAGGAGGACAGAAGGAGGACUGAGGAGGACUGAGGAGGACUGAGGAGGACGCUCAGAGCACUUAAAGCGUUUCCUCGUGGUCUCCGAGGAAGGCAUCAUCAGACGCGCUGCCGCUCUAAAUCCUGGUUUAGUCCUUUACUACAUUUCCUUCAUCUGAGUGCUUCAAAACAAAAGCACCACUUUAUUCUUUCUGUGCUUUUCCUUUCUUUCUACUUUAUAUUUAGUAAUGUCGUAAAAACAUUUUAAAAUGUAAAAAAACAAUCAUUUAAGGUCAUUUUUAGACGUAUAAAGUCAAGCUUUUAAUUUGUCA